GCCCGACUUCGCUUCCACCUCAAAAUAAAGAUUUGACCACGCGCCGCGCUUUGCUUUGCUUUGCGCUUUUAUCUUCAAAGCAUUGUCAUUUGGCGCCUGGCGUAUGUUAAUUCUGGCUUCGUGUUCAUGCCAGCAUAUCGUGCUUGCCCGCUAUAAUCUGGCUGUCACUGCCUCUUUGUGCUGCGGCACACACGGUGCUUAACGACUGUCAUUCCGUCUCCUUCUCCGCACCUCCGUAUCGAGAACGACGACAGCACAAUCGCAGGCCUCAGACGACCGCGGCCUCCUGUGUCGACACGCUGGGCUUCCAGCAUGGCCUCUGAUGCGAAACGUCCAAAUGCAGGAGCAAGAGUACCUGUUGCCCUGCCCAAAGGCGAGCCAAGCCAGCCAGCUGCAUCGUCCGUUCCUCUAGACAUCAGUCUGCAGCAGGCCAUUGGAAGCCGGAUUCGCGUUACCACUACCGCACCGAACCAGUCAACCGUCGAGGGCACCGUCUACACAGCCGAUGCUCUAACCAGUCUUCUCGUCUUGAACACAAGCACAUCCCCUCCGGCUGGUAUCAGCUCCACGUCUCUGGUGGCUCCAGCAGGUGCGUACCGCAUCAUCGCCAUCUCCCAGAUCAGCAAUUUUCAACUUCUUUCGCUUCAGCAAACAGCUAGUGAAAGCACAUUCGCACCCGCCUUGAACACCAUCGACACAAAUGCUGUCCAAACCAGACUUGCAAGAAACAUUUCCUCUCAACAAGCCGCGCAAGCACGCCUGGGUCCCAAGGGUACAACUCCCACGGAUCAGGCGCUAUUUGAUGCUCUGUCCCGAACCCAUCCAGCCCGAUGGCACGGCAAUGUGAUGGUCAUCUCAGACACCUACCAAAUCGAGAAGCCAUACGGCGCUGUCAAUGUGCGACUUGUUGAAGGGGGACAUGGGGAUCUUGACCGCAUGAAAAGAGUGGUGGAUCUGGAGCGUUCGAAGGUUGCUCUCAAAUUGUCGAAGAACAUGAUCGAUGGGAAAAUGGGGUCCGAAAACACAAAUAAGGGCAGCCCAGCAGGUAUCAAGAAAGGUGGUUGAUUCUGCUUGGGGACUCGGCAUGAGACCGAGUAUAGAAAUUUGGGAACCUAUGGCUGGCGAGAGGAUAUCAGGUCGUCAAGCGCCUCGCACUCAGAAUACUGCUGACUGGAUUGGAGCCUGGGUCUA